UUCUUUCACGGUGACACUGAGUCUCCGAGAGUUUACUAUGACGUCACAAUCGUUGCUCGCGGGAAAUUUUGUAAACAAACAGAAAAGACCUUGUCCAGGUAUGGAGACGUCUAGCAGUAAUGAGUCGGAUUCAGACAGUGUUGAUGAAGUCGUGAUCCAGCGUUAUCUGAAACAGGAUCUCAAGUCCGGCCUGACUCAGGGGAAAGCACUCCUCCGACGUCAGGGCGGGAUAAAGGCCCAACCCGGUCAUUAUCAGUUGAAUGAUUGUCGUCAUGCUGUGGUGAACUACAAAGGACUGGGUUACCAGGGAAAACACUGGGAGGCUUCAUCACAGACCGGAAAUCUGGAGAGGGCCACCCGACGUCUCACCGCCCACGCCGUAGACAGAGAGAUGGAUGAGGAGCAGCGAAAGCGAGCCUUUCACGAGGCGGAGACAGCGCGGCUCGCCAGGCAGAUCAUCCAGCCCCUUCUGGACGAAUUCAACGACACCAUCACCAUCAGCGUGAGAGAAAUGGCGGCAGAAAAGAGAGUCCAAACCCAUCAACAGGAGGUGGUCAAGGACACAGUGCAGUGUGAACUGGUUCACAAAGAGAACGCUAAACUGGUGGACAGAAUGGCCGAGGAAGAGCGCGAGCACCAGCUCAAACUGCUGCUAGCCAUGAAAGAUGACACCGCAAAAACGGCAAGUAUUGACUCCUUGGUGGACAGUAUGGCAGAAACCAAUCACAAACGGUCACUCGUCAACACGGAUCUGGAGGAGGCCUCAGAAAGGUUAAAGGAUGAUGAGAAGGAGACAGACGUAGAGUACAACAAGGCGGUGGGAGAACUUCUGGACCAGUCCCUGCUGACUGUAGUGCAUGAGAACCACCGGGACAUGCUCAGGGAACAGGCUGAGCAGGCUAGGAAGGAGAAGAUUGAGAUGCAGAAGAUCUUAGAAAAUGAUAAGACUGUCUCAGCCAACCAACGGAAGUUCAGCAGAGCGCUGAAGAGGCUUGUAGCGACAUACAAUGAGCUCGAGAGUAAGAUGAGGACGGAAGAGGAGUCACUGAGGCAGUAUAACGAGGAUCUCAAGUUUUCUGUACAAGAGGACAUUGUCAGAAUGGCACGCAUCAAGUGGACUAACAAGGUUUUCUCUGAGGAGAAAUCACGACGGAUCCUGGAGGAGGAGGAAUCCAUUCACAAGGAGAAUCCGGCGAGGAACGCCAUGAUGAACAUGAUGAACAGAGUACAGAGACAGAUGAUGCUCCAGAAGUUCAAAGGCAAAUGGGUGAACAUUACAAGUAAAAAGAAAGCGGAUAAUGUGGAUAAAGACGACGAAGAAAACCUAACUGAACGGGACCGCAAACUCCGGAUGAUUCGAACUAAGAACCGCAAAGAAACGAAAGUUGUCAGAUGGGAAGAUGAAUAAGGUCUAAAGCUGUCCACUUCUAUUUUGUAUAAUGUGCUCAAGAAAUAAAAGAAAUGCAGAAUU